AUGGGUGGAAUUCGCGAGAUGCUCCGCAACAAAGCGGUUUACCUGGCUGGCAUUAUCAAAAACACAGUGCGACCACAGCCUGGAGACGGCCUUGCCAAGGUCGAGGUCAGUGAUAAUGUGCAGGCAGUCGAACGCAAUACACCACAUGUCUCAGAGCCAGACGAUGUCCAAGUCUCCCACAAGCAAACACAGAACUGCUCUCUGUCUGCGGCCAAGACUACUCGCACGGGGCGCAUCAUCAGAGAUCGUCUCCAGUCCGCCGAUGAGCGGAGUGCUAAACGGGCCGCUGCAGCAGAGUCAGAAUACAGGCUCGCGCUGGCCAAGCGUGCAGCUUUGCAACGGGAAAAACAACUCAUGACAUUCACAGAGAAGCGCAUCGCCAAGCACCGAGCGCAGAGGGCUCUCAAAGCUCCACGUCGUGUUCGAGAGGAGCAGGCUGGCCUCGACCGGAUCCUUGCAGAAAUAUACGGUUCGUCGCCUUCGUCUCCGAAACUCGCUCACGACAUAUCCUUCUACGAGAACCAAACUUUUGAAGAGAGCCGCCAGUAUUCCCACGAGCGUCUAAUGGAAAUUCUUGGUCCCGAGCGCAUGCAGGCUCCACUGCUGCCUUCGGGCCACAACCCCGUGGAUCCUGUCAUCGAUGAGUACUACCGGCAAGUGGCCACCAACAACAUCCUUGAACAGUGGGAGGCACAAAAAGCUGAAAUGCGCCAACAGGCAGAGGAGCAGCAGCGCUUGGCUGCUGAGGAAGAGGUCGCGCGGUUCAAGACGCAGGUACUCCUUGAUCACUACCGCGCCAUCUACAUUGAUCGCCUAGAGCGUCUGGCCCUGUAUGGCCCUCACCUUGACCUGGGCAUCGACAUGCUGGAGGAAGCUCUACAUACUAACAACAUGGCAAAGGCGGCUAUUGUCGUACGAGAUCUAACCCACCAAAUCCUCCUUCCCGUCCACGGCUUGCUUCUGGAGUGCGACAGAGAGAUUCCCCUCGAGGAGAUUGGCGCCGAAAAGCUAAAGAGCGUCUGGCCAGUGCAGCGCCUCGAGGCAAUGUACACGUAUCUGAAGGGCCAGCCCAAUCUGCCUUGCCAAAUCAUCGACAUGCUCCAAGGUAUUGAGACCAUCAGCAAAGCCCUUGCCAAUCCCACGCCAUUCCCCGACCCCUUUGCACGCAAGCCAGUUCGUGUCAACGCACCAGUGUACGCCAACGAGGCCUCUUCAAACAUUCCACCCCUCAAUAACGGACCUCCUGAACAGGGCUUGCCCACUGAAGGCUUUUCGACCCUAGGCGCCGCAUCCGCACCAGCGGGAAGCGGCUUCUCCAAGCUCGUUGCCGCGACGGCGGAGAAAGCCAGCGAGGAGCAAAAAACAAGCUUUCCACCUGCGAGCAGCAACUUCGCACAGCUUCUGGCCGCCGCAGCCGAGAAGGUGAAAAGCGCGCAACACCAGAGUUCCACUACUCCAGCGCCAUCCUGCAGCCCCGCCCGCACAGCCGUCCUCGACUACAUCGCAACCGACAACAUGUACUUUGACACGGAAAUCGCCGACCUGGUCAAGAACAACGUCGUCGUGGGCGUGCACCGCCGCCAGGCCACCGACUGCCUGACGCAGCUGCUGGACUGCGCCCGCGGCGAAGAAGCCAUGCUGGGGCCCAUGGACGCGGGAAACUACCGCACGCAGAUCGAGACGUGCGUUGCAAAGAUUAAUGCGUUGCCCAGUUCGGCGCGCUUGAAUAGAGAUACGCAGGCGCUACGGAAGCUGUGUGGGCGCGCCCUCAAGCUGUGGGCUGUGUAUGCGUAG